ACGGCACUGUUUGGUCGGGCCCGGCCUCACCCGGAAGCGCGCUGCUGGUUUGAGGGUGCGCUCCGGUAAAAGAGAACAGGAGGUGGUGUAACCGGAGCCUGGAGGUGGGGUGGGGGGAGCUGGCAGCUGCAGCCCGGCUCGGGGGAAAGGCAGACAGGAGAGCAGCAUGUCUUUCCAGGAGUGCUGGGAGGAAUGGGAGGCCCUGGACAAAGACUAUCAGCUUUUACAGGAAACACACAAACACUACAAGCAGCAGUUGGAAGAGGUGAUCAAACUUCAGAAUGCCUGCCUCAGUUCCAUCGAACGACAGAAGAAGAAAUACAAGGAACUCUCCAAAAGUCUUGAACAAUGUCAGUUGCCAGGCAAUGAAGAGCAGUGGAGAGACAUUGGUUUCAUCCAGGGACUGAUGAAGGAAAGACAAAACAUUUUCUUUGAAAUGGAAGCUUUCCUCCCAAAAAAAAAUGGGCUGUACUUGAGUCUGGUUCUGGGAAAUGUCAAUGUGACCCUGCUCAGCAAACAGGCCAAGUUUGCCUACAAGGAUGAAUAUGAGAAAUUCAAGCUAUGUCUUACAAUCAUCCUCCUCGUCAUCUCCUUCAGCUGCAGAUUCUUGUUAAACUCCAGGGUGGUGGAUUCUGUAUUCAACUUCCUUUUGGUGUGGUACUACUGUACACUUACAAUUCGAGAGAGCAUCCUCAUCAACAAUGGAUCCAGGAUUAAAGGCUGGUGGGUAAUGCAUCAUUAUGUUUCAGCCUUCCUGUCUGGAGUUAUGCUGACCUGGCCCGAUUCGAAAAUGUACCAGAUAUUUCGAAACCAAUUCCUCUCGUUUUCUAUGUAUCAGAGCUUUGUGCAGUUCCUGCAGUAUUAUUAUCAGAGUGGCUGCCUGUACAGACUCCGAGCCCUGGGAGAGAGACAUAACAUGGACCUGACUGUAGAAGGUUUCCAAUCUUGGAUGUGGAGAGGCCUCACGUUUCUUCUACCGUUUUUGUUCUUUGGUCAUUUCUGGCAGUUUUAUAAUGCCAUCACCUUGUUCAGGCUAACCAACCACCCAGACUGUAAGGAAUGGCAGGUUUCCAUGUGUGGUCUCGCAUUUCUCAUCUUGUUCCUCGGAAAUUUCCUGACGACUGUUCGAGUCAUCUACCAAAAACAGAAACAGAGGGAGAAAAAUGUCAAUAAACAAUUGUGAACCGUGAGAAAGAGCGUGGAAGACUGGAUUUGAUUAUCAUUUUUGCGUUGAAGAAUUGCAGAAAGCGCAUGUCGUGUUGUUGCUGCUGCUGGGCCUUUGCCCUGGACACUGGGGCCCACGUGAGCUGUGUGUAUGGGGGAGUAUGUCAAAGCAAGAUCUGUCACUGCUUAAAAUAAUCAUCCAAUAAAAUUGUACAGACCUGCUCGAUACAGUA